UUUCAUCUGAGUUGGGUUCUUGAUUGUGAGAGGGUGGGGUGGAACCUUGGAGAUGGAGUUGCAGUCACUAUUUUUUUGAUACGUACUUUGUGUUUGCUCUUUAAGUCCGGAGUUUAUUCGCGAGAGGUAUAUUCGAUCUACGAGAUUGGUAGUGAAGGUGGAGAGAUGGUCACUCUGUCAGAUUGAUGAAUCUUUGAAUGAGGGGAAAUGGAAAGAGGGAUUCAACCACCAUUGGUUGAUACUACUGCGUGUUUCUGUAGAGUAGACGCAGGCCUCAAAACUGUUGCUGGGGCAAAGAAAUUUGUUCCAGGUACAAAGCAUUGCAUUCAGGCCAACAUCAAACCAUCCAUUCAUCCUUCCAGACACAAAACAGCUCGUGGAGAAAGGAGUCGAAAUGAAUCUCCUCUGCUUCCUGGGCUACCUGAUGACCUGGCGAUUGCUUGCUUGAUCCGGGUCCCACGAAUUGAGCACCAAAAGCUACGGCUAGUUUGCAAGAGAUGGUAUCGUCUCCUUGCUGGGAACUUCUUUUACUCCCUUCGCAAGAGCCUUGGGAUUGCAGAAGAAUGGAUCUAUGUGAUAAAGAGAGACCGAGAUGGGAAAAUAUCAUGGCAUGCCUUUGACCCCAUAUACCAGCUGUGGCAGCCCCUCCCUCCUAUACCUGGAGAGUACUCCGAAGCCCUUGGCUUUGGGUGUGCUGUUCUCAGUGGCUGUCACCUUUACUUAUUUGGAGGUAAGGACCCACUCAAAGGGUCAAUGAGACGAGUUAUUUUUUACAGUGCCCGGACAAAUAAAUGGCACCGUGCCCCUGAUAUGCUACGCCGAAGGCAUUUAUUUGGUUCAUGCGUCAUAAACAACUGCCUGUAUGUGGCUGGUGGGGAGAGUGAGGGGGUUCAUCGGUUCUUGAGAUCUGCCGAGGUUUAUGAUCCUAACAAGAAUAGAUGGUCCUUCAUUGCUGAUAUGAGCACCGCUAUGGUACCAUUCAUUGGGGUUGUCUACGAGAGGAAGUGGUUCUUGAAGGGGCUGGGUUCUCAUCGCCAGGUCCUGAGUGAAGUCUACCACCCUGAGACUGACAUUUGGUCCCCAGUCUAUAAUGGAAUGGUUGCAGGCUGGCGGAAUCCAAGUGCCUCCUUGAAUGGGAAGCUCUACGCUUUGGACUGCAAGGAUGGGUGCAAGCUAAGAGUCUAUGAUGAGGCUACUGAUUCUUGGAACAAGCACAUUGACAGCAAAAUGCACCAGGGCAAUUCCCGGGCCAUGGAAGCUGCGGCACUUGUCCCUCUCAAUGGCAAGCUGUGUAUCAUCCGUAACAACAUGAGCAUUUCUCUAGUGGAUCUCUCAAAGUCCAUCAAUUUACAAGCUGCUGAUGCAGAUCAGCUGUGGGAAACUAUUGCAGGGAAAGGGCAGUUUAAGAAUAUGAUCACAAACCUCUGGUCAAGCCUUGCAGGUCGUAACCGCCUGAAAAGCCACAUUCUUCAUUGCCAGGUUCUUCAAGCUUAAGACAUCAAGAUUCCACUUGAACCUAUUGACUGAAAAGAGCCAAAAGCAUCCUUCAUAUGAGAGCUAGAUGAUUUGCACCAUUUUGGAGUUGUGUGAAAUGUGAAAAAUAUAUAUGUUGAAACUGCAAAAUUGAUGGAGAUCUCUCCAUCUCUCCUGUAAGCAUGUUUUACCUACAAUAAUCUUACAUUAUAAAAUAUUUUAGUAUAUUUUCUCUGAUGUUAAU